GAGCUAGUGAAGAGGUUUGUCCUUUUAUUAUGGAUUGUACGUAUGUUCAAUUUCCCUAGUAUUGGCCGUAGCUUCCGAGCCACACAAUUGACUGAAAUGCGACGCAAAGACGGCCUCAUAUGCGAAAAACACCAGAAAAGGGAGGAUCAGGGAGGCUGUGGACAUCGUCCUUCAAAGAAACCUGAUGAACGAGAGAUUGCAGCGACAAUUUCGCGUACUGCCUGA